AUGGAGCUGGUCAAAACCGGUCGUCGCAGUCCCCAGGAGCCGCCUCCGACGUCAGACGGGAUGCGACUGUGGCUCGCACCAGAUGCCAGGGCUGAGGGUCGCAAGGCGGUCGUAUACUUACAUCUGGUCCAGAUGGGGCUGGCGGAAAUGACGGGGGAAUCCCAGCGUGAAGAAAUCGAUAUGACGUGUGUAGGUCAGAAUCAGGACCUGGAACGCCUCCGUAUGGAGCAACUGACAACCCCGGCUUAA